AUGGAAAUGAUCUUGAAUCAAGUAAGCCAUACACAAACACAACAAGACGUUCAAGAUCCUUCGCCAAAACCACCGCCGCAACCACCACCGGAUGCCAACGGCAAAAAGUAUUUACUAUAUUCAGAAAAGGAACCUUAUGACUUCAUAGCUCACAGAUGUACAGUGAAGCCUACCAAUACCCUAGAAUCAACGGGCCACCUAAUAAAAGGAUGUCUCGGUGGAGGCAUAUUGGGUAUCCACGAGGCGUACAUGAAAUGUGGACUUUGGACGUCUUUAAUAGUUACAAUUGUCUUCGGAUUUUACAUCACAUAUUGUGUGCAUAUUUUAGUGAAAUCAGCGCAAACGUUGUACAAGAGGCUACAUUUACCGGAAAUGUCUUACCCAGAUGUCGCGGAGGCGUCUUUAGAAAUCGGGCCAUUCCCGAGAUUAAGGAAAUAUAGCAAAUGGUUCAGGUACGCUGUUGAUGCGAUCAUUUGCAUAGAUCUCUUCGGUGCUUGUUGCGUGUAUCAAAUAAUCAUAGCAAAAACUAUUCAGCAACUUGUGGAGAGCACAUAUGAGGUGUCUUGGGAGGACAUAGAUCGAUUGAGGCUUUACAUUCUCGCACUUUUAAUACCCAUUCUACUGCUUUGUAUGAUAACAACUUUGAAGUAUCUGGCGCCUUUUACUCUGUUAGGUGAUAUAUUCAUUGUAGUCUGUGUGAUAGCAACAGUUGUAUACAGCCUUCGAGUAGCGCCUAACAUUUCUACUGUGCCAGCAUGGAAGGAUGCUCUAGGUUUCUUCGAGUUCUGUGGCAUUGUUGUAUUUAGUAUGGAAGGAAUAGGGGUAUCCUUGCCUAUUGAGAACAAUAUGAAAGAUCCUCAUCAGUUCCCAAAGGUUCUAUGUGCAGGUAUGAGUGUGGUUGUUUCGUUCCUAAUUCUAGUUGGAUUUUUUGGUUACUGGGGAUUCGGCGAACAUUCAAUAUCUCCCGUAACACUGAACUUUCCUUCCGAAAUAUUUCCUACAAUACUUAAAUGCUUAAUGGCAAUCAUGAUUUUCAUUACAUUCGCUCUAAACUUCUGGGCACCCUUUAAUCUUGUAUGGUUCUACUUAUCCAAGAAGCACGAUCCAAAAAGAUACUGGCUGUGGGAGAGAAUUUACAGAGCUAUAUUUAUUGUUGUCAUCACUUCUAUCGCCAUAGCGUUUCCUAAUAUUGGAAACUUGAUGGGCUUGCUGGGCGCAUUUUGUCUGUCAAACAUGGGCUUUAUAUUCCCGGCGUUAAUAGAACUCCUUGUGGUUUGGGAGGAUCCAGGUCUCGGACGGUAUAAAUGGCGAUUAUGGAAAAAUUUAUUCGUUAUAUUUGUAGGAAUAUUAUUAUUUAUAGCUGGCACCUACUCCAAUAUGAAGGGCCUUAUAUUAAAUUUAUGA